AUGGACCAGCGCCUCAAAACACCCAUGUACUACUUUCUGAAGAAUCUCUCCUGGUUGGAGAUCAUCAUCACCACAACUGUCACACCCAAGAUGCUCAGCCUACUCAUUUUAGAGGACAACACCAUGUCUUUCUUUUCCUGUGCUCUACAAGGAUACAUCUACUUUGUGGCUGGUUCUUCUGAGGUACUCUUGUUAGCGGCUAUGUCAGUAGAUCGCUAUAUGGCCAUCUGUAACCCGCUGAGAUAUACAUCUAUAAUGAGAACCCAGGUCUGCCAGCUGAUGGUGGUGUCUUGCUGGUUGUGCAGUUUUUUCUCCAUAACGAUAUCUAUGGUGCUAAAAGCUGGACUGCCUUUCUGUGGCUCCAAUGUUAUUGAUCAUUUUUUCUGUGAUAGCGGUCCUUUGCUAGAGAUGAUUUGUGCUGACAUUCACUUUCUCCAAGCCUUAGACUUGGCAGUCUCCUGCUGCAACCUUCUGAGCUCUGUAUCUGUGACUGCUGUCUCCUACAUCUGCAUCAUUGUUACUGUGAUGAGGAUUCCCUCUGCCAAAGGAAGGAAGAAAGCCUUUAGCACUUGCAGCUCUCAUAUCACUGUAACAUCACUCUAUUAUGGUAGCUCCAUGUUCAUCUACAUCAAGCCAGCUGGGGGAUCCUCUAUGGAUUUUAACAAGAUGGCCACAGUUCUUAACACAGUGGUAACCCCUUUGUUGAAUCCCAUCAUUUACACCUUCAGGAAUAAAGUUGUGAAGGAGGCUGUCAAAGAUGUCAUUGGGAAAGUGCAGGCUGGAUUUCCAAAAUGA